GUUAUUUCAUGUCAAUGCGGAUGGAGCAUUAAAGCUGAUCUCAGAUCAGAUUCGUCAUUCAAACCAGGAAAUUGUGGCUUGUUCUGAACAAAAACUUUCGCAGAAGCGGAUGCCUGUGAACGGUUUACCCUCGGAUGCCUUUUCUAUAAAUGUGGUUUGUUUCUUCGGAACGCGAGUGACAAGAUCAUCUCAUAAAAAUGAGUGAGGUGAGCUUGUGCCAGGCACGAGCUACUGUCAUGCUCUAUGAUGAUGCGGGGAAGCGCUGGGUUCCUGCUGGCACUGGAGGUCAGGCUGCAAGCAGAGUGCACAUCUACCAAAACCCUGUUAACAACAGCUACAGAGUGGUGGGACGAAAACUGCAGGCUGACCAGCAGGUUGUCAUUAAUUGCCCCCUUGUGAGAGGUAUAAAAUACAAUCAGGCCACGCCAAAUUUCCACCAGUGGCGAGACGCACGUCAGGUGUGGGGCCUAAAUUUCGGCAAUAAGGAUGAAGCUACACUGUUUGCAAACACCAUGAUGCAGGCUCUAGAUGUGCUCAGCGGUGCAGCUCCCCCUCGGCCUCCCCCGAACGGACCGAGUUUUGAAGAGCAGCAGAGACUUCAGGAGCAGCAGGAGAGAGAGAGACAGGAACAGGAACGGCUAGAGAGGCAGAGACAGGCUGCCCCACCAGCUGCACCUCCUGCCCCUCCUCCAGCUCCAGUUGCAGCUGCUCCUCCCCCUGGAGUUCCGCCUCCACCUGGUCCUCCACCACCUCCCGGUCCUCCCCCAGCUCCCCCACCACCACCCUCUGGUGGGGCUCCACCUGCUCCACCACCACCACCUUCAGGGGGAGGAGGAGGAGGUGGUAUUGGUGGAGCUGGAGGACUAGCAUCAGCUCUUGCUGGGGCCAAACUCCGAAAAGUGUCCAAGGAUGAGAGUGGAUCUGCUGCACCAGCACCAAAAGAGAGUAGCCAGAGCUCUGGAGGAGGAGGAGGAGGAGGAGGAGGAGGAGGAGGUGGUGGAGGAGGAGGAGGAGGGUUGAUGGGUGAGAUGAGUGCACUUCUCGCAAGAAGACGCAAGGCUACAGAUGCCCCAGUGAUGAAGAAAGAAGAUAACAAUGAUAAUUCAGCCUCCUCAGAGACCAAAUCAGAAGUUUGCAAGCCCUGGGAGAAGUCUAGUACCCUUCCACGAAGUAAUUCUGGCCCUAAGGGUCUUGAUAAGAGCCCUGCUCCUGCAUCAACUCCAGUAAACAGGCAAAGGCCAGGAAGUAAUGUGAGUGACACGUCUGCCAAAGAGAGCACGGAUAUGGAGAAAUUAAAGCAGGAAAUCCUGGAGGAGGUGCGCAAGGAACUGCAGAAAGUGAAGGAUGAAAUUAUCAGAGCAUUUAUAGAAGAGUUGCAGAAGAGGGGCGGCCCCUAGCGUUACAAUGAUGAUACAGCUUCUGCUUUGCAAUGCAAUAAAAAGUCCAGUGUUGCACAUACACCCAUUUAUGCAAAUUCUUGCAAAAAGGCUUUUCUCUUAUUUUUGGCCACCUAGACUGCACUAUACUGAUGUUUCAUAUUUACAUAUGGGUAACAAAUUAAAGAAAAAAACAUCCUCAAUCUGUUGUAUUGUAAAUAAAAUAAAAUGUUGAGUCAGCAUAAACAGCCAGAAUAGUUUCAGUGCACAGAUUCUCUAAUUCUCAGGAACUGUACCUCAGAUAUAAACACCAUUCUUCAGAGUGGACUUAAACUGCAUUCUCAACAGUCUUUAAUCUUUAAUUUGUCACCUUUCUGUAAAUUUCUCUAUUAUUCUAUAUUACCUUUGCCUUUUUCUUUCUUUCUUUUUUUUUUUUUUUUACAGCUGUCACUUUUUCAAAUAUUUUAAGGUUUUCAUAUAUCUCCAUAAAUGAUUAUCAUCAGAAAGGCAAAUUAUUCUUGUAAUACAUCAUAAAUCCAAUGGAUCCAUCUUAUCUUAGGCCUUUCAGUCAACAGCCACAUAACUGAAAUGAGAAGAAAAAGGUUAUUCAGCAUUCUCUGUUAUUAGAUUAUGUUAUUGUGUUAUUUUAUUCAGUUGUUAUGUUAACUAAAAAUAAUAAUGAAAUUCAUCAUAGUGCAAAAUUUACAUCUAAUUAGUGUUAUAUAUGUUUGUAAUGAAGUACUUUUGCUGGUGGACGGUCAGCUGUGCAUUACGGUGGGUGAAUGUCAUCUUGCUGAUUUUUUUUUUUUUUUUUUUGCCUCAGGGAUUUGCAAAUGCUAUUAUAUGUGUGUAUUUACACAUAUUUGUUAAAUUAGAAAAUUAUUUGUUGCUCUUGCUACUGAUGUUUGCAUUGUGUGGUUUUAUGUGCCUUUGUGUUUGGGUUUUCCCAUCUACUGUGACUAGUGUUUUUAAAUGUGGGUUGUAUUUUCAAACUUUGGCAAUAUUAUUGUUCAGUGGUACUGUUCAACAAUUCAUUAUUUAAGGGGUUCUUAAAUACAAUCACAAUUUAUACUUUUUUUUUUGUUCCUCUGUAUUUUUACCCUAGAAUAUACAUCGACCAGCUAUAAGAUUAUGAAGUGAAUAAGACUGAGUAUCUCCUCAUCAUGGCACCUGUUAGUGGGUGGGAUAUAUUAGGCAGCAAGUCAACAUUUUGUCCUCAAAGUUGAUGUUAGAAGCAGGAAAAAUGGACAAGUGUAAGGAUUUGAGCGAGUUUGAUGAAGGGCCAAAUUUUGAUGGCUAGACCACUGGAUUAGAGCAUCUCCAAAACUGCAGCUCUUGUGGGGUCUUGUUCCCGGUCUGCAGUGGUCAGUAUCUAUCAAAAGUCUCCUUUAAGUCCUGUAAGUUGCGACGUUGGGCCCAUGGAGGAAUUAAAGGAUCUGCUGCUAACAUCUUGGUGCCAGAUACCACAGCACACCUUCUGGGAUCUUGUGGAGUCUGUGCCUCGAUGGGUCAGGGCUGUUUUGGCAGCCAAAUGGGAACAACACAAUAUUAGGCGGGUGUGACAUCUUACACUCAGUUAGCUGUUUAUUAUGCAACAAUUUAGGUGCACUAUACACAAUACAGGUGCAAUAUUCUGUAGGUCAACUUUCACUAGGCAUAUUAUGUUAGGGUACAAAUGAUGUGUUUCUCACUGCCAUGUUUUCAGUAUUAGCACUUGUUUUGUUGUUAGUGUGUUGUUUGUUUUUUGCCACUAUCUUUAUUAAAAGGAAUGGCAGGCCUAGUAGGGUAUUAAUCUCAAGCUCAGUGACCUUGAGUGUUUGUAUGCGCAGUUCACCCUUGCCUUGUCCUAAUAAAAAAAUUGUGUUUUAUCA